AUGGCAACGGAUUAUCUGAAAAGAGCCAUAGAAGCAUCUUAUUUUCUUCCUUAUAUUACAGAUAUAACCAAAGAUGCUACCCAAGAAGUUUUCGUAAAGGUUUGUAACAUCCUCAAAAUGAAAUAUAGCUCACCAUAGAUUUUUCUUCAAUAAUAUUCAUAAUUUUAUUAUAAAAAAAUCUGAUUUAGCCUGCUAAAUUAAAAACCUAGCAAGGUAUAUUUAUUUAAAACACAAACGAUCAAAAUCGUCAAAAAAAGAAACCAAGCCUAUCACCGAAGAAAGGAGAAACUCCAUCUCUGAAAAGCCUGUAAAACGAGAAGAAACCCCUGAAACGCGUAAAGAAAAAGCAAAAGAAAUUAAACGGCUUCUUAAGAAGCUACAAAAAGAGAAGUCAGAACGACAUAGGAAGCUGCAAGAAUUGGAUGAAGAAGCCAAAAGGAAGCUUGACGAAGAUAUAGAGCUUGAAGAAAUUUUAAAACAAAAAAGAGAAGAAGAGAUGAAAAAAGAAAGAAUAAACAAUACCUUGAAAAGAAGAGAAAAAGAAGAAAAACACAAAAAAGAAUUUGAAAACUGGAAAAAUUUAACAGAAAAAGAGUAUAAAAACGUAAUAAGCCAAAAAUAUUUACAUGAAAAACUAGAAGAGUCGUAUAUAACUCAAAUAGUUAUGCCUGAGCUUGAAAAGAAGAAAGCUGAACUUGCUCAAAAAAGAUUGCUAUUUCAGCCUAUUAAUCGAGGAGAAAUUAUAGAGCAUGCUAGAAGACAUGAUGACAUAAUUAAAGAUCUUCAAGCUCGUCGAGAAAAAGAAGCCCUCAGCCAAUCUAUAGACUUGCAGUAUCACCAAAUCGCUAAAAGUUUUCAUUCAAAAGCUCAAGAUGCUCUAAAAGAAGAAGAAAAAAGGCUAAAAGAAGAAAAAGAUAAAGAAGAGCUUGAAAAAAAGCAAAGAAUUGAGAAAAAAAAUCAAUAUGCUGAGCUUGUAAAAGAGCUCUACAGACCUACUGUUGACGAAUUUAAAAGGCAAGAAAUGAAAUUACUUGUAGAAAAACUAAAACUCCCAGUAAGGAAAAAAUUAUAUGGAAUAAACUCAGCUAACACCUAUGAAGUUUCUACUGCAAAUGGGUCAGUCACCGAAAAACAUCGGCGGAAAUGGUCAAAAAAUCCUAUGGUGCCUGAACCUCCUCAGAAAAAAGAAAUUAAAAAAAUAGAUUUUCUAGCUGAAAUGAGAAUUUUAAGGCGCUCUCAAGGCUCAGUUACGAGAAAAUAUGACCUUGAAAAGGAGUUAAUGAGUUAUGACCUUCACGAUGAAGAUAAAACACAGAAACUUAUAGAAAAAACUGAUUUAGUCGAUAAAGAAAUCUCAAGAAAAGAACGAAUUUUGAGCUCGAAAUUAGCUCAUCCGAAAAGCAUAGAUUUUGCUGACGAACUUAAUGACAUGAUAAUCAGCUCUAUAAAGGCGAAGCUGGCUAUUGUGAAUGCGUCAGUGGAUUUAUCAUAA